CCCUCUCCACUUCUUUCCCACCUCACACACCACUCUCCAAAAGCCAAACAGCAUGUUCGCCAACUCUGUUCGCCAGGGCCUCCGCGCCGCCUCCCGCCAGUCCGUCCGCGCCUUCGCGUCGGCUGCCGCCCCCCGUGCCGCUCCCCGCGCUGGCUUCGUCGUUGCUGGCGCUGCUGUUGCUGGCCUCGCUGCGUUCUACGCCACCGACGCCGCCAAGCUCGAUGCCGCCAAGAAGACCAUUGCCGGCACCUACAAGACCGACUCUGAGCGCUCGUUCGUCAUGAUCAAGCCUGACGGUGUCUCCCGCCAGCUUGUCGGCAAGAUCGUCUCGCGCUUCGAGGAGCGCGGCUACAAGCUUGUUGCCAUCAAGACCGUCACCCCCUCGGAGGACCUCGCCAAGGAGCACUACUCUGACCUCGCCGCGCGCCCCUUCUACCCCGGCCUCGUCAAGUACAUCACCUCGGGCACCCCCGUCGUCGCCAUGGUCUGGGAGGGCAAGGACGUCAUCAAGCAGGGCCGCCGUAUCGUAGGCGCGACCAACCCCCUUGACGCCGACCCCGGAUCCGUCCGUGGCCAGUACGCCGUCUCGGUCGGCCGCAACCUCAUCCACGCGUCGGACUCGUUCGAGGCCGCCACCAAGGAGAUUGGCCUCUGGUUCAAGCAGGCCGAGCUGUCCGACUACGAGCCCGUCGCCUGGCCCUGGGUCAUGGCCGACAACUAGGCGUUGUCGAGCGCUGUUCGUAGAACCGGCCAGUGCGGUGAACCUGCUGCUGCUGGCUGAAAGAAUGCAAAAGUGAGAGGUGUG